GGAUCCGGACAGCGCACUUUCUGCGAUCCUUCUCGAUCCUACGUCGAUCCUCACUCGAUUUCCGACUCCUCGAUCGGCGUUCUGACUUAUUGAGAUUAAUUUCAAAGAGGACCUGUUCGGAUCAUUGCCAUUGCGUUGCGGAAUUUUUGGUUUUCAAGUGUUGUGGACCUUGUGGACUGUAGAGAUGAACCACUGACAGUUUAGCACAUGCAUGUGGUAUUAUUGGUACAUUUGGUGACUUCUUUUCGGUUGCUCGGGAUGAAGAGACGGAGUUUGUGAGUCGAGAGGAAGAUUUGGAGCGAUUUCUAAAGAAGAUGAAGUCGGAGAUCGAGACGGAGACAGAUUGUGGGGACAGCAUCCUCUGUUCGAACAACAACAACAACAACGUCAACGCCAAUAACAACAACGUGGCCAGCAUAAAAAAAGCUGGUGGCAAUAUCACCAACAACGACAACCACGAUGGCAUGGAAAUGGAGUGCGGUGGUUGCGGGGAAAGCGUCCGCGAGCGCACUGUCCUCUGUGUAGGGGGUCGUACCUGGCAUUCCAGAUGUCUAAAAUGUUACGCCUGUGCGAGACCUUUGCACGAUCAACACUCCUGUUUCCUUCGAGGAAUGAGACUCUACUGCAGGCACGACUAUGCCUUAACGUUUGGAGCGAAAUGUGCCAAGUGCGGCCGAAGCGUGGGUGCUGGCGACUGGGUAAGAAGAGCCCGAGAGAGGGUGUAUCACCUGGCCUGUUUCGCCUGUGACGCCUGUUCUCGUCAACUUUCCACUGGCGAACAAUUCGCUCUGUUAGACGCCAGAUUACUCUGCAAGGCUCACUAUCUCGACGUGGUGGAGGGAAACAAUACCUCGUCCUCGGAGGAUUGCGACUCGGAACACGGCGGCAAGGGUAGCAAGACGAAAAGGGUGAGGACGACGUUCACGGAGGAGCAACUGUCGGUUUUGCAGGCGAACUUUCAAAUAGACAGCAAUCCCGAUGGCCAGGAUCUCGAAAGAAUUGCUCAUGUCACCGGUCUAAGCAAACGGGUGACGCAGGUCUGGUUUCAAAACUCGAGGGCCAGACAGAAGAAGCACAGUGGAAAGAUCAAAACGCAAAUGCAUCAUUCGCCACCGAUACAACAUCAUCCCGGAGACUUGUAUUCUACCAGCGUAAAUAUGGUAGGUGCCUAUUUAGGAGGAUAUCAGGGUGGCAGUGCAGGAAGCGAAAGUCCUGGCAGUCCACUAACACCUCUCACUCCUCUAACACCAACCACACCCAAUCAUCUUCAAGCUCAAUUCUGUCAUCAAACAGGGUAACUUUGUCGAAGAACCUCUGUACCGAAGGUAUUCGUGAAAACGGUGGUUAUUACUUUCGAAUUUCAAUUUAGUCUCUUCGUCAAUAUAGUUUCAAUUAUUUGAAGAAUUUAGAAUUUCAAUUCUGAAGAAGAUGUAUGUAUGAGAAAAGAUGGACUCUCUUUGAAUUCUAAAUGAAAGAAAAUCUUCAAUAAUUGAGACUUUCUUGUAGAUACCAAAAACGAAAUUGUUUAAAGCAACGCGACAGGUAAAGGUGAUACUACGAAUAGAUUAGGAUUCUAU